AUGAAGCCUCGCAAAACGCACUUGAAGUCACGCACAGGGUGUGCAACAUGCCGUGCAAGGCGGAUAAAGUGCGAUGAAUCGAAGCCGAAAUGCAUCAAUUGUACUCGUCGGCAGGCUCGCUGUGACUUUCUCGGAGCAGCUUCUUCCUCGCAAACUUCUCCGGGAGAGUCUUCGCAUCAGGUGGCUCGCAUAUUACACGCUCUCUCGGACAGCGAUGCAGACAGUGCUGUCGAACCAGAACCUGAUUCUCUCCUGAAAUUGUUCCCGACAGAUUGUCCGGACUUGUCGAAGCAGGAACGAUUCCUGAUGGCACACCUGUGUGGGAUCAGCGACAAUCUUGUCGCUGCUGGCAUGGACACUCUUGAUUUUGGUCUCUCGCUACUACCUGAGUUUGUGAACCCAAUUUUAAAACGAAGAUCUGCUCUGAUCGCGACAACAGAACCCAUCNGCAUAGCAGCCGACUGCUCGUUUGUUCGACACAGCGCUUGUGCCCUUGCGAGCACGCAUCUAGGGUUUCUGACACAGUCUUCGGGUAUCAUCCAUCUAGCAUACUACUACAAGUGCUUGGCACUUCGGGGACUCCGAGAGUCGUUGAGAGAGCUCAACACAGACAAUGUGGAUGCCAUGCUGGCAGCAUCCUAUCUGUUGAGCUGGCAAGCUUCUCAAAGGUUGGUGAGGCUCUUUCUGUCCAUGAUUGCACUAUUCCCGAAAAGAAGUUGCUUACACUCCCUCGACACANGCCAGGAAUUCAUGCAAAUCAUGAAGGGCGUCGACNUUGUGAACAACUCGGUAGAGCUAGCUUGUUCGACACUAAGGGAACUGCAGAAACAGGUCAGCGAGGAACCCGAGCUCGUUCGUGGCACCAAGGAGUUGAUCAACUUCAUGCAAAACCUGCGAAUAUCUCCACCAGGACCGACAGCCGACGAGCAAUUACAGGCACUGCAACCUAUUCGCCACUGGAUGCCCUGGCUUCCAAGAUCGCUGAUCCGUCUCUCCGAUCGCGAACCGCUUCUUCUGGUCUUUCUCGCACAUUAUCAUAUGGUCGUUCUGGCAGUUGAGUCGAUUCUGCCCGCCGCGCCAAAUUUUCUCCUUGCGUCAAAGCGCGUCGAAUUCAUCGAACGACUUGAAACAGCAAUCGGCCAAGUAUACAGACCGACCGAAAAGUUGUCAAAACAAUUGGGUACUCGAAGACGCAGAGAGAGUCUUGAGAACUUGAUGUCUGGUCCUGCGGCUUUUGCUCGGCAGUGGAGACUGACGAAUCUGCUGGCCUCGGAAUGCGCUCCUUUGUGGGGAUCUUCCCAGUCCGCGGAUCAGGGCACAGAGCCGCAGUGGCAGGACCCUGAUCCUGUCGACUUCACUCUCUACAAGCACCAAUAA